GCCGGCUCCCGCCAAUUCCGACUCUGGAGCGCGAGGCAGACGUCGGGGUAGACCAAGGGACCACUUCGGAGGCACGGAAAGAGUUUUAGCUAUGUUUUAUCUGUUAUAAAAUGAGAUUGCAGGCCAUUUAAAUAAGGACACAAUAGUUUUGUAAUAUUAAAAGGCACUGGUUUGUGUUAACAUUAUAUCUAGCGGUGUGUUAAAGUUGUUUUUGUCGUUAACACCGUGAUCGUGAAAAGCCCCGGGUUAGUAGUUGGGAUGUUGGCAGCCGAAAACGCAUCUGUGGACGGACAUUUGUCAGCAUCGACUCCCCGCAGAAGAGGAAUGGAUUGUAAGUCAAGUAAUAAUGCCAGCAAGAAACUAAUUCAAGCUCGUCUCCCUUUCAAGCGCCUGAACGCUGAACCUAAAGAGAACCAGCCGCCCAAGCGCCCCUGUAGCCAUGCCUGCCCUGGGCCCGAAGUCUCAGACGGGCCCAAUGAAAAUGAGUCGUCUCCUCUUUCUGAACGCAGCAGGCCACCAUUGGUUAACGGUCGUGGCCCGCUGGACAGCUUCCUGAGCUGCAAACUCCCCAAAUCAUCAGAAGAGAGUCUAGUUAUUGAUCUGACUGAAGACCUGAGCUCUUCCCCCAUCAAGUGCCUCGUGUCCACUCUUCCUACCUCGUCUUGUCCUCCAACUAAAGACAAGAGUCGCUGCAAAGACAGAAAGGGCGGUUCAGGAAAGCUCAGCAGUGUUGAUACCACCGCUAAAACACACACUGUGGACUGUGUUGUCAUUACAGACAACGAAGCAAAGAAGGUGGAAGAAAAAGAUCACGCAGCGUCUGUGUCGCAGCUCAACACAACACAGGAUUCUGACAGCGAGUCAGAGGAGCAGGAUGAGUCUGAAAAUGUGUCUAGUCUGGGAAACAAGCCCUCACAGUCGCCCUCAUCGGUCAGCUCCACGUGUGAAAGCUCACCAGAAAGGAGCAAGCCUGGUGAUGCUACACCAACCACCACACCUAAAGAGCCAAAGACCACACCUAAAGUAUCAUCAGAUCAGAAAACCGUCAAAAGACGCUCUCUGAAGAGUUUACAAGAACAAGAGGAAAGGCUUCGACUGAUCCAGGAGAAGGAGCGCCAGAAGGAAGAAGCCAAAGCUGCUAAAGAGAAAAAGAAAGAAGAAGCUCGCAAGCUGAAGCAGGAACGAGAGAGGGAAAAACGGGAGAAGAAGGAGAAGGAGGAGAAAGAAAAGGCAGAAAGGUUAAAAGCAAAAGAGGAGCUGCGGAAAUCCAAGUUAGAGGCCAAGCUCGAAGAAAAACGGAAGAAAGAGGAGGAGAAGAAACUGAAGGAAGAGGAGAAACGGUUAAAAGAAGAGAAAGACCGCCUCAAAGCUGAGAAAGCAGAAAUUACACGAUUUCUACAGAAACCUAAAGUCCAACAGGCUCCAAAGACGCUUGCAGCUGCCUGUGGGAAGUUUGCUCCCUUUGAGAUCAAAGAGAACAUGUCUCUGGCACCGCUGUGUCGGGUCCAGUGUGAAGAGUCUGCUCUGGAGGAGCUGGACCGGUGUUUGGUAAAUCCUGCUGAGAACUCGAAUGGACUGAAAGACUGGAUCAGGCAAAAACCCAGACAAUCCGGACCCACCAAACCCAAAAGGACGGACUCUCUCAGUGACUGUUUACUGGUGGAAAGGCCCAAACCAGAUGGUAUACCGGACCGUAAGCGCUAUGGACCGAUGAAGCUGCUUCAGUUCCAUGAAAACUACCGUCCAGCAUACUGGGGCACCUGGAGAAAGAAGAGUUCACAUAUCUCACCUCGGUGCCCUUUGAGACAAGACAAGGGUUCCCUUGACUAUGAGGUGGACAGCGAUGAAGAAUGGGAGGAAGAGGAACCAGGAGAGUCCUUGUCUCAUAGUGAAGGGGAGGAUGAAGAGGAAGGAGGGGACGAUGAAGACGACGAUGAUGAUGGCUUUUUUGUUCCUCAUGGCUACCUCUCGGAUGAUGAAGGUGCACUGGAGGGAGAGGAGGGUGGAGACCUCGAAAAGCAAAAACUGAGACAGAAACUGAAAGCCAGGGAGUGGGAUGAGCUGAUAUCCAGCAAGAAGACGAAGGUGCUGGAACCGGUGGUGAGGGGCUGCGUUUGGGAGGAAGACGGACUUUGUUUGGAACACUUCCAGCAGUACGCCGUGUGUAUGGUUGAGCCUUUACCCACACCUGACAACAGCCCCAGCCCAGGGGAACUAUCGCAAAGGAGACAAAGAGAAGAGCAAUUACUGGCUCAGCUGCUCCCCCUGCUGCAUGGAAACACCAACAGCAGCAAAAUUAUCAUGACAGAGUUUCAGGAGUUUUGUCGUCAGCAGGGCUCCUCAUCGCUGUCCCCCUCUGAUCCAGCCAGCCCCCAGAACCCUGCAGAAAACAUUCCCACCAGAAUUCUGCUGAGGCGUCUCAUCAAGAACAACGCUGUUUAUGAGAAGCGCUCCUCCUACAGGCGCUGUUGCUGGUACGUUCAUGCGGAGGUCCUGUCCCGUUUCGGCCAGGAGGCUCUCCCAGUUCCGUGCCAGUGGACCUACCACACCACAGGAGCUCGGGAGGAGUUUCGUGAUGAAGCCCAGGCAGCCACGGGCUCUCAGGGAAACUCCCCCUCCACACCUCAGACCUCUUCUUCCUCCAACAAGCGGAAGAGCGCCGGCAGCAUGUCGAUCACAAAAUUCAUGAAGAAAUGUUCCAAUCCUGACCAGACUGAAGCGACGGAGGCAGACAGUUUUCAGGCUGACACUGAGGAGGAUGAUGAUGAAUGUGUCAUCGUCUCGGCUCACACUGACUCUAAAAAUAAAAAUGCAACUGUUGCCAUUGACAAUCUAAUGGAGGCAACCCCCUUGGAUUCAGCUGCUCUCCCCGAGGGUGGAUCUGCUCCGACUCUCCCCACAGCCUGAGGACCGCACCGCACCGCACCGUGCUCGCUCCUCCUCACCUCCUCAUCCCUUUUAAAACCUUAAGGAAAAUCGAGGCACGCUGCAUGUAAAGACAAGUGUUCAGCUCUAUAUUUUAAGUUCUACCGUACCACUCGCCUCGUGUUCUAAGGUAUAGAUCACUUGUUUUUGGAUAAAAGCAGAGCAAAAAUGAUUUCUCAUAACAAUUCAAAACAUCAGGAACACCAUCAUUUUACAGUUUUUGAGAAUUAUUAACAAACCCACUGGUUUUCUUUUGAUUUAAUGUAAAUAGUUCAUCACACCUCGAUGCUGGGAAACAGGCUCCAUGUCCACCUGUACAUUCGUCCCUGGUUUCAUUUACUCUGCCGUGUCUGACAGCUCACUGGGGUAGUUGAGAGAUCUGUUCUUGUACAGUUAGUGUUGGUGUUUUAUAAAUAUGUAUUUUCUGUAUUUUUCAAGAUUACUUGAACAAGAUAAAUUCAUUAAACGUGAAUAAAAAUUCUGCACCUUUAA